UUGGAAAUAAAGAAGGCAAUGUCGGCGCAUGUAAUGGCUGAAAAAUCCACUGUUGAUCAACUUAUUUAUUAUUAUUCAGAUUGGACUAGAUUACUUAGGGCUGCUGCGUGGUUAACCCGAUUUAAGCGAUAUUUAUUGGUAAUGCGUUCUGGUACAACUGAUCUGUCUCUACAGAUUUAAUUCGAUAUGUCCAACGCUUAGUAUUGCGGAAAGAGAUUGAAAUAUUGUCGUCUGAUACCAUUAGCAAGUGAUGAUAAACGGAUUAUUAUGUGUAGGUGGCCGACUUCAAAUUAGUUCCUGGCCCGAGUCGAGGAAGCAUCCUAUAAUAUUACCAUCGAAGCAUACAAUUACAUAUUUGAUUCUACAGUACUACCAUACUUUGGAGGGACAUGUUGGAGCUACACAGGUAAUGGCAACGGUCCGAGAAAGAUUUUGGGUGCUGAGGGGUGGUUUAGCCAUGAGGAGGGUGAUAAGGAAUUGUGUUUAUUGUAGAAGGAGGAACGCCCGUCCCAUUCAACAACUAAUGGCACCAUUGCCUCCGGUCAGAAUAGAAGGUGGUGACUAUCCAUUCUUAUCAGUUGGGGUAGAUUAUUUUGGAUCCAUUAUGGUUAAACAUGGUAGAAGUACUGAAAAGCGAUAUGGUUGUGUAUUCACUUGUUUGAGGUUGAGAGCUGUGCAUCUGGAGGUGGCAUAUAGCUUUACCACAGACUCAUUUAUCAUGGCGCUAAUGAUGUUUGUCAGUAGGAGAGGCUAUCCAAAGGAGAUAUACAGUGAUAAUGGAUCAAAUCUGGUGGGAGCUGAGCGUGAACUAAGAAAAUGUCUUCAGGGUUGGGUGCAGGAGCGUAUACACUCUGCAUUACUAAGAAUGGGAAUUCAAAUGGUUCAAAUGGUUGUGGACGGAAUAGAAGAAGCUUUCGCUUAACAGGCUUCCGUGUCUAGUAGCAGGGGAUCACCAAAUCCUCCAGGCAGGAACCUAGGUAUGUUAACAAUAAAAGAGGAAAAGAAAUUGGUAAAUCAUAGUGUGAUGCUGUCCUUGGUCCUUAAGAAUAGGUCAAGUUGCCUCUUGAAGGACUCCUGAGAAGUCGCUUGGAC